AUGGGUAAAAUAAAUUAUCAACAAGGAUGGACCAACCCUCAAAGUAAUAACGAUAAGUACUUUGAAAACAAGUUAAAGUGUUCGUUUGAACAAUGGUAUAGAGUAUUCAAGAACAAUACAUUCUCGAGUAUUGUUAUACCUCUACCAAAGAUAUUCAUCGAUUAUCUCAACUCUGAUCACUUUACAAUGUCAGAGGAAUCAUUCCCAGAGUUUCGUACAGAAGAUAAUGGAGAGGAUGAUGAAGAAUGGUCAUCUACCACACCAUCUGACAUGUCCACAAAAUUAGAUAAAAGAUAUUAUCAAUCAUAUGAUAGUGAAAGUGAAAGUGAAAGCGACAACGAACAAGACGAGGACGAUGAAGAUGAAGAUGAAAAAGAAAAAGAUAACAAUAAUAAUAAUAAUAACAACAAAACAAAUAGAAAGAUAAGUGAAAAAGAUUUCCCAGAGUUAAUCAAAGAGAUUGAAGAUGCAAUUGCAAAGUUGGGAGGUGAAGUAGUACCAAAACUCAAUUGGUCUUCACCAAAGGAUGCAACUUGGAUGAACAUUCAUUCAAGUUUAAAGUGUCUAACACCAACCGAUGUUUUAUUACUUUUAAAGAGUUCUGAUUUCAUAAAUCAUGAUUUAUGUCAAUUUCAAAUUGAAAAGGAUCAAGAGGAAAUAUUAAAAGAUGAUUCAAUUUCACCUUUUACAUUGGUACUUAGAAAAUAUCAUAAUCUAUUUCAUUCAAUGGAGUUUAGAUGUUUUGUAAAGAAUAAUCAAUUGAUUGCAAUUAGUCAAAGAGAUACUUCUACCUAUUAUAAAUUCCUUCAAGAAAAGAAACAACAUUUACAAGAUUUAAUACAACAAUUUUUCAAUACCAUUGUAAAAGAUAAAUUUGAUGAUAUUAAUUAUACUUUUGAUGUAUAUAUAACAAGAGAUGAUAAAGUAUAUUUAAUGGAUUUUAAUCCAAUUCAUCCAUCAACUGAUGCUUUAUUAUUUGAUUGGGAGGAAUUAUUUGAAGAAUUAAUGGAAGAAAAAGAAGAAAAAGAAACUAAUAAUAAUAAUAAUAAUCAAAAUAAUAAUAAUAAUAAUAAUACAUUGGAAUUUAGAAUAAUUGAAAAUAAUGAAGGAAUUAAACCAAAUUUAGCAAUGACAAUUUAG